AUGCCUCUCGGCACAAUUGACACCGAGCAACAGGCCCCAGAGGCUCUUGGGCUUUUCGAAAAGUUCACUAUCUACACCGAAUUUUACAAGCACAUCGAAGACCAACCUAUCGGUCUCUUUGCUCUGGUCCCCAAGACCACACCAAGUGGUAAUCGACCACUACUUGCCAGAAUUCACGGGGGUGCAUUCACUGAAGGCAAAAGUGAUGGCUUCAUCCGGCCUUGGAUCCUGGAGCUGGCACUAAAGCACGACGCGAUAAUAGUCACCCCGGAUUACCGUCUCCGCCCGGAACACGAGCACGCCGACUCGCUCGCCGACAUACAGGACUUCUGGAAUUGGAUCGCGACAGACUUUUCCGCGCUGCCAUACGCCAACGACGUCGAUGUAACGAACCUAGCCGUAGUUGGCGAGAGCGCCGACGGCACUUUUACCGCGCAGACGGCUCUACUAGGCAUGACCUCCAACCUCCGCGUCAUCAUACUGCAGUAUCCAGCUCUCGACUUUGCAACCAUGCUCAAUUGGCUAGAGACAGAUCCCCCUUGGAACGUGCCAGAAUCCGUGUUCGACGACUAUAUGGCGAAGGUUGUCCCGGGGCAGGUCGUCACGAGGGCCAACUACGGCUCGAAAAUACCCAUUUGGCAAUCCAUGUUUUCGCAUCGCCGUUUUGUCGACUUGGAAAAAAAUCCGCUCUUCGAUCCGAUGAAGAGCCUGGAGGUGGCGGGGCCGCUUCCGCCGGUUUUCUUGUUCCAUGGUACGGAGGAUACUGCGGUUCGGGUGCAAGAUUCGGUGGCUUGGGCGGAGAAGUUGAAGAGGUUGCGACCAGAUGUGCCGCUGAACUUGUUGAUUAGGGAGGGGGAGCAUAGUUUUGAUGAGGGGGAUAAGCUGGACGUGCCUUGGUUGAAGGAGUCGAUUGGGUUUGUGGAGAGGUUUUGGCCGGUCCAGUGA